UUUUUCACAGACCAAGUAUUACUAGUUCACCGGCAACUGCCAUUUUGUUUAAUUUACAGUAAAUUGGCAUACGAGUACAAUACGCAACCAUCAUAAAAUAUUUACAUUGUUAAUCAAAGAGUGUUAUCUCAGUAAUAAUUUUCAAUAUGUCUCACGGUGGAAGAAACGAGUGUAGAAUUUACGUAGGAAAUUUGCCACCAGACAUCAGGACAAAAGAUAUCCAAGAUUUAUUUUACAAAUUUGGCAAAGUUACGUUUGUUGAUUUGAAAAACCGUCGAGGACCUCCAUUUGCCUUCGUCGAAUUUGAUGAUCCAAGGGAUGCUGAGGAUGCCGUUCAUGCCAGAGACGGUUAUGAUUAUGAUGGGUACAGGUUGAGGGUAGAAUUCCCUCGAGGGGGUGGCCCAAGUAAUAAUUUCCGUGGAGGACGCGGAGGUGGAGAUAAUAGCCGAGGAGGUCGUGGAGACAUGGGAAAUUCUCGUGGGCGAGGUCCACCUGCACGUAGGUCGCAGUAUAGAGUACUGGUCACUGGAUUACCUCCUUCUGGUAGUUGGCAAGAUUUGAAAGACCACAUGCGAGAAGCUGGAGAUGUUUGUUUUGCUGACGUUUACAAAGAUGGUACUGGUGUUGUAGAAUUUCUUCGGUAUGAAGAUAUGAAGUAUGCUGUUAAAAAAUUAGAUGACUCGAGAUUCAGAUCCCAUGAGGGUGAAGUUGCUUACAUCAGAGUAAAGGAAGAUCAUGCUACGGGUGAACGUGGUCGCAGUGAAGAUCGUGAAAGAGGUCGAAGUCGUUCACGAAGCUAUAGCCCACGUCGUCGAGGGUCACCAACUUACUCUCCAUUACGACGCAAUUAUUCGCGAUCAAGAUCACGCUCCAGGUCUCGUUCGUACGACUAGUGUGUACGUAUGUCUCACAUGAUAAAAUAAUCGAAAGUUGAACGAUUUCUUUGCUUUGUCACGUCUCACUAUUUUUUUAUGUCAAUAUCAAUUAACUUGACUUUCCAAUUCAAAUGACUUUCCAAUUCAAUAUUUGUUUUUUAUUCUAAAUGAUUUUUUUGUUUUCUAUUUUAUAACGAUACAAAUAUUUCAUUACAAUAACAUGGAUCUAUAUACGUGCAUACUUGACGUAUUAAUUAAGCUAAAUGAAUAAUUAAAAAAAAAUCAGUCAAUUUAUAAAAUUGCAAAAGAUCAUUCUUUAGAGUAUAACAUUCCGUUGGGCUCAUUUCUUCGCGUUGACUUUACUGAGUGAGAUGAUCAUUAAGAAUGAAACAUUAAAUUAUACUUAAAAAUGAUUGAAUGCCUAAAAUCAAAUAAAUGUGGUCUUUUUUAAGCGACCAAUUCAUGGUUGAAACAAAAUUUCUUUAUAUAAUAGUUGACUACAUUUAACAUUGAAUAUAUAUAGCCUUCGAUAUUUGAUCUUUAAACCUUGACAUCAACUUUUUUUAUUUUGCUGAUUAUUAUUUUAAAACUAUCAUUGCAAAUUUUACUUUUUCAUUCCAAUUCACAAUUUUUAAAACAAAAAUAAAUCUUCAUACUAAUUUUUUAUUUAAAAAUCUUAACAAUAAAUUAUCUAUAAAAGUCUGAGAAAAUAAUUUGCUAUAAAUUCCAAGUAAAUCAUGCCGUAUUUAAAUUUUAAAAAUAAAAUAUAAAUUUCAUUACAAUCAUACUGUACAGACCAUAAUUCUUUAUUGUUUUUCUUACCUAAUUAAUGACGUUUAUAAAUAAAAAAUAUCAGCAAAAAAAA